AUGUUAAUUGAAGAAUCGUAUCAUGACGUGAAGACAUCUUAUGGCACAACAAUGAGAUUGUUUGUCUAUCAUCCAAAAAUUUUGAAUUAUCCAAAGGUUAAAUUCCCUGGCGUGGUGGUUUACAGUGAAAUUUACCAGGUUACCGGACCAGUGACUAGGUUUGCUAAAGAUAUUGCUGGACAAGGUUUUAUUGUAGUAUGUCCUUCCAUCUACCAUAACUUUGAAAGUCACGAGGCAUUGGCCUAUGAUAACGAAGGUACAGACAAGGGUAACAACUACAAAAUCGCCAAGGAAAUCAAAUCGUAUGACGAAGAUAACAAAUUAGCCAUUGAUUAUUUGACUGCUUUGCCUACUUGUAAUGGCAAGAUUGGUGCCACUGGCAUGUGUCUCGGGGGCCAUUUGGCCUUCAGAGCUGCGUUAGAUCCAAGGGUCCGUGCGGCUGUUUGUUUCUUCGCUACGGACAUUCACAACCACGCAUUAGGUAAGGGCAAACAGGACGACUCGUUGAAGAGAUGUGGCGAAAUCAAGGGUGAAUUGAUCAUGAUUUUCGGCUGUAAAGAUAACCACGUCCCUCUUGAAGGCAGGGAUUUAAUCAGAAGCGAAUUGAGAAAAAACAACGUUGAAAUGACCUUCAUUGAAAUUAACGACGCCCAGCAUGCUUUUAUCAGAGACGAGAUGAGUAAGGGCAGAUACGACCCGGCUACCACGAAGAACUGCAUGGAAUGGUUAUUCGAAUUGUUCAACAGAAAGUUGAAGUUGGAUUACGGUGAACAUGAUGGCAAGGAGACUAAAAUAGAAAACGUUUGCUAA